AUGACGAACCCCAAGAAAUCCCGAGAAAGUGAUGCAGAUGAUUCGUUUUCAAUCAAUCGUUUACCAGAUGAAAUUAUCCUCCAAAUAUUAAACAAAAUAAUCGAUUUGAAAAGCCUAUGCUUUUGUUACCUGGUUUCCAGACGUUUCUCCUCGAUUGUACUUCAUGUCGAUGCCGUUUCCUUCAUCGCUCCUUUCAAAGACCCUAACAUUCCCGAUAAGAACCCCGUCGGUGAUGUCUCCCCAAGUAGGUCGUUUCCUCGUAAGCUGUCCGCCCAUGGCUUUUUGAGCAAGUUUAUUGGAGUGAAGUUUUUAUACAUCGAACUUCUGUUUUCCGAUCAAAGAGCUGUCGAUAAUCGUUGUCUGUUCAAGUGGAGGGUUAAGUUUGGUAGCAGAGUAGAGUCGUUUGUAUUUCUGUCCCCGAAUUAUGUUUGUGAUAAUGAUGGAAUAUAUCAAAUUGGAAAGGUGGAUGAAGAAAACGAGUUAAUCAGUAUUGCACAGCAUAUUAAUAAAAAACGUGUCAUUUCGUAUCGGUGUCUGAAUGAUGUGGUUGCGUGGCAUAUGAUGUUGAUGAACAUCGUUAAGGAUCUACCAACGUUGGAAGAGGUUUCCAUUACUGAUUCUGGGAGAAGAGGGAGGCUUUCUCUGAGUGGGGAAAAACUCAAUGAGUUUCAGGGUAUGUGA